ACGACAGGUUCAUCUUGAUUGUAGCCGUGGAUUUCAGCUAUGUUUUCUGUCAUGGUGUAUAUUUAGACUCAUUCGUCUCGUCAGGAGCUGUGUCAGACACAGCACUAGUGGCGCUUACAACCUGAGCUGUUUCUCAGGAUGGGGUAUCUGCUUUCCACUGUGCUUGACCGUCCUGCUCAGUAUGAGUGGACAAAGCAGUGGCAAUUUUGAGAUGUUCUUUCCCAUUUCACCUGAAGCUGUUGAACUUACCGUGAACAAUGGGGACUCUGUAGAGGUCCAGCUUGACCGGCCAUUCCUCUACUUUGGAAAACAUAACUCUAAGUUAUACCUUGCCAGGGAUGGCUUCCUGGCCUUCUUUCAGCCACUUCUUAAGGAUGCUAACCCUAAUCCACAUAUUGCCAAAGACAUCAUCACUCCACUGUGGACCAACAUUGAGGCUAAUAAUGGAGGAAAUAUCUCCUACAGUCAAGCCACAAGCGGUCUUCUUCUCCAACUAGCUACAGUUGAAAUCAACAACAUGUUCCCUGGGGUGAACUCCUCUGCUUCCUGGGUCUUUGUGGGCACCUGGGAACAGUGUGCAUUUUGGACAUGAUGCAGGGGAGGCAAGUUUUCAAGUAGUCUUGAUCUCUGAUGAUAAUGACAAGUCUUAUAUCUUGAUGAACUAUGGAGAGAUUCCACCUACUGAUCAAGUCUGGCUGGCUGGCUAUAGCGCCAAGAACAACAACGAUUUUGUGGCCGUCCCAGUACAAAAUAUCACUGAGCUGUCUUCAGGAAGUAAUGUCGAAAUCACAGGGCGCUGGGCUUUCAAAGUUCAGAGUGGAGCUUAUGACAACUGUGAGAAACUGCACUGCACUAAGAAAGAGGUGUGUGUGGAGAGAUCUGGAUUUUACGGCUGCGCCUGUUCAAGAAACCAUACAAGGCCCCGCGCUGAGACUUUCGAUGCCACUGAGAUCUGUGAAAGCAGCUCUGGUUCGCUGUCUCUGUCGCGCUGUCAGCUCUUUGAAGCCGGAUAUCCUGCAGAGCUCCUCCACCUGAACAAUCACACAUGCAAAGGGAAGAUCCAAGGUGACCAAGUGGUGUUCGGGUUUGACAACGAUGACAACAUCUGUGGCACAAUUCUGAAGCAUAAUGAGACACACAUCAUCUACGAGAACGCUGUUCAGUUUUUUGGUAAAGCAGAUACGGGUCUGAUUAGUCGUCAAAAAUGGCUGAACAUGACCUUCUCCUGUGUGUAUCCACUCAUCCAGAGCAUCUCCAUGCCCAUGGCCAUCGAAGCCAAAAAAGGUGUGGUCAGCAAGGAGCUGUCUACAGAGGGGUCAUAUGAAAUAUAUAUGCUCCCCUUUCCCCAAUGCUUCAUUCAUCGAACCUUUUUCUGGAAAUGUCACACUUGACGUGAACCAGCAGAUCUUCGUGGCUGUGGCGGUGGAUGGAGUCGACGAACGUCAGAUCGCUAUAGUUCUGGACAGCUGCUGGGCCACUCCGGUCAAUGACAUGAACAACAGCCAUCGCUGGCCUCUUAUCGUUCAGGAGUGUCCCAGCGCUAAUGACAGCACAGUGGAGGUGCUGCAGAAUGGGAUUUCGACAGUCAGCUCCUUCUCCUUCAGGAUGUUCACGUUCACUGGCCAGUCUGAAAGUAUCUACCUGCACUGCAAGGUUCACCUGUGCUUGCUGGUGGGAGGUGACUGCGCACAGAGCUGUGACGAUGAAGGUGAAAGAAGAACAACAAAGAGACCUUUGGACUUCCAUGACACAACUGCCAUUACAAUGGCCUUAUAAUGUGCUUACCCUAAGCUCACAACUGUUAUGCAGGGCUCUUCUACGAUCUGUAUGUUUAUUCCUUCUGUAAUCACAGUUUUGCAAUUACUUCAAAAUCAAUAAUCCAUCAAUGAUCCUUCUGAAGAGGUUGAGGAUGUUUUGUUAGCGUUGGAACUCUACAUGAUUGGAUUCUUUUUUCCUGCCUUAAUUUUGUUAAUAAAUCUAUAUUCAGCAUUGUAUAUUCUGCAAGUGUCAAAAAUCUUUUAACAUUCACCAUUA